AGUUCGAGUGCGACGCACACUAUUCGUGAUGCACAGCUGGCCGUUUAUCUCUGACGCUGAGUCCCCAGGAAACGGCAUUUUGAACGAGUUCCAUGCGAUUUCAAACCGAGAGCGCAGUGUUUUUUUUUUUUUGAGUGCAUUAAAAGUUAAAUAAAUGUGUCGGAUGUGCUGUUUACUAUAAACAAAAUCAACCUUCAAUCUUGACUGAUGAACCCCUCAUUCUACUACUGACAGCUCCUGAUUCAAUCGAAGCCGUGUGAAGAAUCUCUGGAUUCUUGUCAAUUUUUAUGAUAGGAUUAUCUAGCUUUUAUGAAUCCUAUUCGAGUUCUGGGACAUAAUUAUCAGAUCAGAAUUCAUUGGUUGUUGCUUUAUUCGCCUGGCAGUCUGAUGCUGCGUUACUCGAGAUUUGGCAACAUCUCGUAUCCUCGGAGGCUCGUGUCGGAUACCACAGUGAUUCGUCGGAACACAGGAUAAAGGCAAUUUAAGCGAGUUGAGUUCGACUAACGACAACGCACUCUUUUAGCCUCAGUGGUUCGAAAAUCGGCAGAGGAAAACUGCUGCAGAUAUUUGACCAUAUUCGCUUUGUUCUUAUUCUAGUCAUGUACCAGCCGUCGUUGGCCAAUAACGAAGAAAUGAACGUGGCGCGCGAAAGGCGAAAAACGUGGGAAAACAGGUUCGGCCACUGAACGUCGGAGAAGGGGCAACCCUCUGGAUUUACGGGGGGUGUAGUUAGAGACGUCAACAGUUUACCGGCAUGGCAUUAAUCUAACUCCAUGGGGCUCAAGUUUUUUUUUCGUUAAUUCCUUUUUAUUUUAUUUCGUUAUUUCAUAUCACGUAGUUUAUUUAUUUUUCACCUUGAAAGAAACUCCUGUUGGAAUAGUAUGUAAUAAAAACACCUUCUUUUCGUGAGAUGAAUAAAGACAGUGGAAUUUCAUCGGCAAAUAAGUUAAUUUACAUAAGUGUGAUAAUACACUGUGGAACAGCGGAUAGUUCGUGAUCAGUGAUUUACGUCAAUUAAAGUGAAGGGUGUGCAUCGUCAAAGGAUUACAAUGUUAGUGAUUAUAAUGAGCAGUAUCAAUAGAUGAGAUCUUGCAGUGUUGAGUGUAUGCGAAUUUGGCAUUGAGUGUUAGUAUUGUGUAAAACAUAGUCUUGAGCUUGUGAUUUGGGUUUUCGCUGGAAAAAUGCACUCAGUUUAGGCAAUCUUUUCGACCUCGCCGAAAUAUGAGGACGACACUUUCACACGUUUUGCCAACGAAAUAUACGAUUGAAAAUGAAUUUAAUGUGCGUGUUUCCGCUGCUGCAGCUUCUGGUUGUUGGUAUAAGAUGCGUGUGCGACAACGGAUUUACAGGUCAGAACUGCGAAAGCGAAUACAUACCUUGCGACCCAUCACCAUGCUUGAACGGAGGUUCAUGUCGUUUACUGGAGCAGUUUCAAUACGAGUGUACAUGUCCAGAAGGAUUUCGAGGAGAGCACUGCGAGGAAAACAUCGAUGAUUGUAUCGGUAACCUUUGCCAAAAUGGUGCAACGUGCAUGGACAGAGUGAAUGAGUACUCGUGUUUGUGUCCGCCGGCUUUCACGGGUACUCAGUGCGAAUUGGAUGUAGACGAAUGUUCUGUAAGACCUUCACUGUGUCACAAUGGUGCAACCUGUACGAAUUCUCAUGGCAGUUAUUCUUGCAUAUGUGUUAAUGGCUGGACUGGGCCGGAUUGCAGUGUCAAUAUUGAUGACUGCGCUGGUGCUGCUUGUUUCAAUGGUGCGACCUGCAUUGAUCGUGUUGGUAGUUUCUACUGUCAGUGUACAUAUGGGAAGACAGGUCUUCUCUGUCACCUGGAUGACGCUUGUACAUCGAAUCCGUGUCAUCAAGGUGCCAUCUGUGAUACAAGUCCUAUCAAUGGCUCUUUUACUUGCUCUUGUGCUAGUGGUUACAAAGGACUGGAUUGCUCUGAAGACAUAGAUGAGUGUGAACAAGGUUCACCCUGUGAACACGAUGGAAUUUGUGUGAACACCCCGGGUUCUUUUGCAUGUAACUGUACGCAAGGAUUCACUGGACCAAGAUGUGAGACAAAUGUAAACGAAUGUGAGUCGCAUCCUUGUCAAAACGAUGGUUCAUGUCUCGACGACCCUGGGACAUUUCGCUGUGUUUGCAUGCCUGGUUUUACGGGAACCCAGUGCGAGAUAGACAUCGACGAGUGUGCAGCGAAUCCUUGCCUGAACAAUGGAGUGUGCACAGAUUUGAUAAACGGUUUCAAAUGCACUUGUGCUGACGGUUUCAAGGGCACUCACUGUCAGAUUAACAUUGAUGACUGUGCUUCGUCGCCAUGCAGAAAUGGAGGAACUUGUCAGGACUCGAUUGCAAAAUACACUUGUGAAUGUCCUGCAGGAUUUACAGGAGCGUCCUGUGAAACAAACAUCAACGAUUGUCAGUCCAAUCCCUGCCACAGUGGAACUUGCAUCGACGGAGAAAAUUCGUUUACCUGUAGCUGCUUUCCUGGUUUUACGGGAAAUCUUUGCCAAACCCAAAUCGAUGAAUGUGAGAGCAAUCCUUGUCAGUUUGGUGGGCGAUGUGAAGACCGCAUAAAUGGAUAUCAAUGUAUUUGUCGACCUGGCACAUCUGGCUUAAAUUGUGAAGUCAACGUCAACGAAUGUUAUAGCAACCCAUGUAGAAAUGGUGCACGUUGUAUAGAUGGAAUCAACAGGUAUUCUUGUGAGUGUGAACCUGGAUUUACUGGACAGCACUGUGAGACAGACAUAAACGAGUGUGCCAGCAGUCCGUGUGCUAAUGGUGGUCGUUGCAUUGAUCUGAUCAAUGGAUUCAGAUGUGAAUGUCCCAGGGGCUACUAUGAUGCACGAUGUUUGAGCGAUGUGGACGAGUGUGCUAGCAAUCCUUGUAUUCACGGCGGAACUUGCGAGGAUGGCGUCAAUCAGUUUAUUUGCCAUUGUUUACCUGGAUAUGGUGGUAAAAGAUGCGAGGCUGAUAUCGACGAAUGUGGUUCCAAUCCAUGUCAGCACGGUGGCAUAUGUAACGACCAUCUCGACGGCUACAGUUGCCAGUGCUUGGCAGGAUAUGCUGGUACUAACUGUGAGACUAACAUCGAUGAUUGCGCCAAUAAUCCUUGCAAAAAUGGAGGGUCGUGUAUCGAUCUAGUCAACGACUACAAGUGCGUUUGCGAACUGCCACACACAGGCAGAAAUUGCGAAGAUAAGCUUGAUCCUUGUUCACCUAACAAAUGUCUUCACGGAGCAAAGUGUUCUCCAUCGUCGAAUUUUCUUGAUUUUGCAUGCACGUGCACUGUUGGUUAUACUGGAAGACUCUGCGAUGAAGAUGUGAACGAGUGUGUUAUAACUUCUCCUUGUAGAAACGGAGCAACGUGCAGAAACACAAAUGGAUCUUAUCAUUGCGUUUGUGCCAAGGGCUAUGAAGGACGAGAUUGCAUUAUAAACACUGAUGAUUGUGCUUCUUUUCCUUGUCAAAACGGUGGCACGUGUUUGGAUGGAAUCGGAGAUUAUACAUGUCUUUGUGUGGACGGAUUCAGUGGAAAACAUUGUGAGGUUGAUGUUGACGAGUGUCUCUCAGGACCGUGCCAAAACGGUGCUAUUUGCAAAGAGUAUGUAAAUUCGUACACAUGCCAGUGUCAGCUAGGCUUUUCUGGUAUCAAUUGCCAAACAAACGACGAGGAUUGUACAGACAGUAGUUGCAUGAACGGUGGGAAGUGUAUUGAUGGAAUUAAUAAUUAUACUUGCCUAUGCCAACCUGGUUAUACAGGAUCCAACUGUCAGUACAGGAUCAACGAAUGCGACAGUUUUCCCUGUUUGAACGGAGCUACUUGUCAUGAUCACGUGACACAUUAUACCUGCCACUGUCCUUAUGGUUAUACUGGUCAACGAUGUGAUGAGUAUAUAGAUUGGUGUGUCGAUAGUCCUUGUGAGAAUCAAGCUACGUGUGUGCAACACAAGAACAAAUUUCAUUGCAACUGUUCACCUGGAUGGACGGGAAAAGUUUGCGACGUGGAAAUGGUCUCCUGUAAAGAUGCGGCUAUCAGAAAGAGAGUGCCGGAAAACAAUUUGUGUAAUAAUGGCACAUGCGAGAAUAUCGGUAAUAGCCAUCGUUGCCACUGCAUGGAAGGUUAUACUGGUUCCUACUGCCAAGAAGAAAUCGAUGAGUGUGAAUCUGCACCUUGUCAGAAUGGUGCGGUUUGUAAAGAUUCGGUAGGUUCCUAUCAGUGCACCUGCACUGAAGGCUUUCAAGGUCAAAACUGCGAAUUGAACAUUGAUGAUUGCAGGCCCAAUCCUUGUCAGAACGGCGGAACGUGUCAUGAUCUUAUCCACGAUUUCAGCUGCUCUUGUCCGCCAGGAACUUUAGGAAUCAUCUGUGAUAUAAAUGUAGAUGAUUGCAUUAUCGGUGCUUGUCAUAAUAAUGGAACAUGCACGGACAAGGUUGGAAGUUUUGAUUGCAAAUGUCCACCUGGAUUUGUUGGACCAAGAUGUGAGGGUGACAUCAAUGAAUGCCUUUCUAAUCCUUGUGUAGCACCUGGUACACAGGAUUGCGUUCAAUUAAUCAACAACUAUCACUGCAACUGCAAACCUGGUUACAUGGGUCGUCAUUGUGAGGUCAAAGUCAACUUCUGUGACAGUUCUCCAUGUCAAAAUGGUGGUGUUUGCACUGCUAAACAAGCCGGACAUGUGUGUCUCUGCCCGCGAGACUACUAUGGUCAAAACUGUGAAUUUGCUGGAUCAUACUGUGACACUGAACCAUGCCUCAAUGGUGGUUCUUGCAGAAUUACAGAAAGUGAAAUAGGCUAUAAAUGUCUCUGUCCACCAGGAUCGACCGGAACACACUGCGAGAUCGAUUCCAGAGACGAAUGUGCCAGCAAUCCUUGCCAACAAUCAGACGCUAUUUGUGAAAAUCUUAUUGGAGACUACGCUUGUCAUUGUCCACCCAAAUGGAGCGGUAAAAACUGCGAAAUCUACGAUCUUAAUUACAGGGGUGGUGUAUUUGGACGAGAAAAUUCAAACGGGCCAAAGACAAUGAACGCAUACGACCUUGAUUUAGAACGCGAGAAGAAGAAGUGUAUAGAAAAUCGAUGCAAAGAAAAAUCUGGGAACCAUCACUGUGAUGAAGAAUGCAAUAAGUAUGCUUGCGACUUUGACGGAAAUGAUUGUUCGCUUGGAAUCAAUCCAUGGAGAAAUUGUACAGCCCCCAUAAAUUGCUGGGACGUAUUUAUGAAUGGUAUAUGCGACGAAGUUUGCAAUAAUGCUCAGUGCCUUUUCGAUGGUCGAGACUGUGAGAAAAAACUGGCACCUUGCAACCCUAUUUACGAUGCCUACUGUCGGAAACACUAUGCUAAUGGGUACUGCGAUUACGGAUGCAAUAACGCUGAGUGCAAUUGGGAUGGUUUGGACUGUGAUAAAGAACCACCCUCACUCGCUGAGGGAGUGAUUUCUGUGGUCGUAAGAAUGGACAUGCAAAGCUUCCGAUCUAACGUAGUUGCCUUUUUGAGGGACAUUGGUCACGAAUUAAGAACCACACUGAGAGUGAAGCAAGACGAACUUGGAAACGACAUGAUAUAUCCAUGGAAGAGGGAACGCGAACCUAGUCUCCAAACCAAUUUUUUUGGUAGACCAACGACUAUCUAUAACGAUAAGCAAAACGGAAUUGUAGCCUAUUUGGAGAUAGAUAAUCGAAAGUGUACUACAACUGAAGGCGCAGUCUGUUUCCCGUCUGCAAAUGAGGCAGCUGAAUAUUUAGCAGCUACUGCUUCUAAACACUCAAUUUCGAGGAAUUUUCCUAUUGAGGAAGUUCGAGGCGUCUUAGAAAAGAUCCCUCCUGACUCUCCGACAAAUAAUAAAUAUUUGUUCAUCGGAGGAGUGAUCGCAAUUUUGGUGGGCAUGCUGAUGGGUGUGUUGGUUAUAUCACAAAGAAAACGAGCCGUGGGAGUUACAUGGUUUCCAGAAGGUUUUCUGAGGACGAGUACUGGGGGUGGACAGCGUCGCCGAUCACGAAGACGAGGUCCAGAUGGACAGGAAAUGCGUAAUUUAAAAAAGCAGCCCUCUAUAAACUGUAUGGAUAUGGAUGUUGGUAACGGUAGAGUUCAGCAGUGGUCCGAUGACGAGUCAGACUUACCGCCAUCAAAACGAAUGCGAGCUACUGAGCCCGGUUAUGCCAGCGAUCAUACAGUUAUCACUGAUUACGAAGAAACAGAACCUAGGAUGUGGACUCAGCAGCACUUGGACGCGGCGGAAAUUCGUAGACAAGAUGCUGGAGUUCUUACACCGCCGAGUCUUGAACAUGGUCAAGAUAUUGAUGCUAGAGGUCCUUGUGGUAUGACUCCGUUAAUGGUGGCUUCAGUUCGUGGUGGUGGUCUCGACACAGGUGAAGAAGAAGAUGAAAGUGACGGAACAGCAGCUGUCAUAGCAGACCUUGUGGCUCAAGGAGCGGACCUCAACGCCACUACUGAUAAAAGUGGCGAAACGUCUCUUCAUCUUGCAGCUAGGUAUGCGAGAGCUGAUGCUGCGAAACGACUCUUAGAUGCUGGUGCUGAUGCUAAUUCACAGGAUAAUACUGGUAGAACUCCACUUCAUUCUGCUGUCGCGGCAGAUGCAAUGGGAGUAUUUCAAAUUCUUCUGCGUAACAGAGCUACGAAUCUUAACGCAAGGAUGCACGAUGGCACUACUCCAUUGAUUUUAGCAGCUCGCCUCGCUACUGAGGGUAUGGUGGAGGAUUUGAUAAACGCAGAUGCUGAUAUAAACGCUGCAGACAAUAGCGGCAAGACAGCGCUUCACUGGGCAGCGGCGGUUAAUAACGAAGAUGCCGUAAACAAACUUUUGUUACACAGUGCAAACAGAGAUGCACAAGAUGACAAAGAUGAAACACCGCUUUUCCUCGCUGCGAGAGAAGGUAGCUACGAAGCUUGUAAGGCUUUGCUAGAAUGGUCUGCGAAUAGAGAAAUAACAGAUCACAUGGAUCGAUUACCCAGAGAUGUCGCAAGUGAAAGGCUUCAUCACGACAUCGUGCGCUUGCUGGACGAACAUCUACCAAGAUCACCACAAAUUAUCAAUGUCAUACCGAACGGCCCACUUAUGGGAUCUCCAAAUCAUCAUCAAAUCAUCACUCACCCAACGGUAAUUGGUUCAGCACCGAAACAAAGUAAAUCAAAGAAACGUCCGAAGGUUGGUUCUGGAAAUCCAAGUAGUCCUGAUUCCGAAGGGGCUGUUGUAUCCGUGAGACGGAAACCUUCUAUAAAGAAGCAAGCUGCGAAACGUGGAGCGCAACCCCCAAACCAAGAGAUCCCACAGGGAGCUGAGGGAGCCGAGGGAAAUUUACCGAGUCCGUACGACAGUGCCAGUCUUUACAGCAACGCGCUACCCCUGGUGACUCAUACAGCGACGGCAAAGCAGCCUCCACCGUACGAGGACUGCAUAAAAAAUCAAUCAAUUCAGGGUUUCCAGCAGUUAGCUUUGGAUACAUUUACAACCAAUUACGGCCUGCCUAACUUUCACGAUCAACUGUUAGCACCUCAACAGCGUCAAACUCAGGGAAUCGUUAAUACGCUUUCGCCACCAUACAGUAAUCAAUCUCCUCCUCACUCAGUUCAAUCAAACAUGACUCUAUCGCCCCAAGCGAGCUACAUGGGAUCGCCAUCACCAGCGAAAAACAGACCUUCGCUUCCCACAUCGCCUACACAUAUUGCUGCGAUGAGGCAGGCUACCCAUCAGAAACAUGGUGGAAUGCCACCGGUGGGGUUUGACUUUGAAAACCUUCCUUACCCGUCCAAUCAGCAACAGCAACAGCAACAGCAAAUGCAACAGACCCAGCAGCAAAUUCAGCAACAACAAAGUGCUCAACAGCAGCAGCAGCAGCAAACUCAGCAGUACUACCAAUACUUGACGCCUCCCUCCCAUCACUCGGGACCUGAUGUGACGCCUCAGCAUCUUAUGCAAGCGCCUGAAAGCUUCCCAACGCCUUCACCAGAUAGUCCUGGUCAUUGGUCCUCCAGCUCGCCUCGAUCCAACAGUGAUUGGUCUGAGUGCGUGGCUUCUCCGAACGCAUACGGCUCCAGUGGAGGACACCAAAGCAAUAAAGGCUCAGAAGCCAUCUACAUAUGAGAUGUCCAUCAUUGUCCAUCAUUGUUUCAGCGUAUAAUUUAUACGUGCGUAGUCUGCGAUGUCGAGAUCUGUGUUUAACUCUGCGGAUUAAUUUUAGUUUGCAGAUAAAGUACUGCGCAGCUUUAGGAAAAGUUUCUACCAGGUGGCCGGGAACGAAGCUUGCAC